AUGCCUGGAAAAAAAUAUACGAAAGAGGAUCUAGCAUGUGCCCUUGCUGAAUUAAAAAAAGGGGGAUCUGUGAGAAAAGUGGCUCUUACAUAUGGCAUUCCUCACACUACACUUCAGGACUACAAGAACAACCGCUAUGCACACACACCUCAUCCAAAUAGGGCCCUGACAGUGGAAGAAGAGAAGAUUCUGGUGAAUUACAUUCUCUGGAUGAACCAGCAUGGCUUCCCAGUCACCAGGGCAGUUGGAAAAGCCCUGGCAUUGACAAUAAUCAAGUCCAGCCAACGAGCCACUCUAGUAAACCUUGACAAGGGACUGAGUUCCAUGUGGUGGAGCAGGUUCCGGGCCCGCCACCCUGAGCUCACUUCUGAAUCAACAGAUGCACUACUUCGGGCUCAGGUCCACAGGGCUGCCCUGCAGACUCUAGGAGGGCUCUUUGCCAUAUGCGAAGCCCUCUACCAAAAGCAUGGCCUGGUGGACAAGCCCAGCCUAAUCUUUAAUUGUAAUGAGACAGUGUUCUGGGAUAAACCCCAAGCUAUGGAAAAGCUCCCAUGGAAAAAGAGAAAAGAACAAAUUUGUGCAGAGGAAACAAUUUCUGUGGAGAUUAUUACAGUGCACUGCUGCGUUAGUGCUGCUGGCGAGAGCAUCCCACCUUUUGUGAUUUUCCCUAGGUGUCUUCCUAGCACAUCUUAUGUACAGGAUGGGCCAACAAAUGCCCUUUAUGGUGUUUCUCCUAAAGGAUACAUUGACGGAGAACUAUUUUUGGAAUGGCUUGCACAUUUUGUAAAAUAUGCCCCCAAAGAAAGACCUCUUCUUCUUUACUUGAAUCAACAUGAAACUCAUGUGUCCAAGGAGAUUGUGGACUUUUGCAAGGAAAAUAGCAUUGAGGUCAUGUGCUUGCCAGAACACACUACCCACCUCCUCCAGCCACUAGACGUGGCAGUGUUUGGGCCUCUCAAAACAGCUUUUACCACCAUGGCAUCAAGUAUGGGUCUGGUGGAUGGAGACAUGGUCGUAGGGAAGCGGCAGUUCUCCACAGUCUUAAAGCAUGCCUACCAGCAGGCUGUGACCUCUGAGAACAUCAGGGAAGGCUUUAGGAAGACUGGCCUUUUUCCUCUGUGCGACCCUUCCCAGAUGGUGACGUUUAAUCCAUCUAGCAGUGAGCUCAUACAGGAAACAUCAUUACAAGAAGCAUCUUCUGCUGAUGCACCACCAAGUUCAACCAGUGCAUGCCCAACCUGCCAGAGUCUUCCAAGCCCUCUUGUGCAGAGCGGCAUAAUUCUGGAAGGCCUGGCAGAUAUUCUGGUUCCCCACCGGAAGGGAUCAGGCAAGAACUCACUUCCAGUUCCUUGUCACAUGCCUGCAAUUCCUUGCCAGGCACAUGCAGCUCCCUAGUAAUAAGUAGAAUACUGCCCUCAUGAGCGUAAAAGAUGAGUGAACGGAUUGGAGGAAACAACGCAAUCAAUGGACAAACACACCUUCAGAUCCAACCCAAAGCCACAUCUGAGCCCAGUGCCAGAAAGUUGUCCAGCCAAGGUCAGAUGUCUAGGACUUGAACUGUGUGGCCAUGGACAAACCUGUAGAGUGAGAUCAAAGUUUCUCACACUUGUGCAGAUACAAACCUACACACCAUUAGACAAAUGUUAUAGAAUGUUUUUAAGUCACUAUAUAUUUGCAUAAUAACCCAUUAGAAAAGUGUAAAAAAAUACAAUCAUUAAAUGUUGAUAGCGUACAGUUCUAAUUUUAAACCAAUUCACACAGGUUUGUAAAUAUUGUAAA